UAGCCGCUAUUUCUGACCGAUAUAGUCGCAUGUGGGUACUUAUAGCACAGAUUCUGUUCCACAGAAUAUUAUCUUAUAGCGUUGUGUGAAUAACAUUCACUCAACGCUUAUAGAUAAUUCAGCAGCUAAAUUCUGAUUGUUUACUUACACUGUUUACAUAUGUUUUAGACCACUUUUUAGUAGAUUAAAAAUAAAUAUGGCCCUGCCAGAUACAUUUAUACCAGGAUUUCAUGAUGAAAAUGAAGUUAGAAAAUUAAAAUAUAAUGAUUUGGGGAAAACCGGACUUAAAGUGUCAGAAUUAUCUUUAGGAACCGGAGGAUUUUCUUAUUUUUAUGGUGAUUUCGAUGUCGAUGAAUGUAAAAAGACUGUUCAUCAGGCUGUCAAAAGAGGUAUAAAUCUAAUAGACACUGCCCCAUGGUAUGGCCAUGGCGUUUCUGAAGAGAUUCUGGGAAAAUGUCUCGAGGGUAUACCUAGAAAAGCAUAUUAUCUCGCCACAAAAGUAUGUCGCUACGAGAAAGAUCCGAAAUUGAUGUUCGAUUUUUCAGCUUCAAAAACAAAAAAAAGUAUAGAUGAUUCGUUGAAAAGACUUGGUUUAGAUUAUGUUGAUAUUUUGCAAGUACAUGAUAUCGAGUUUGCUCCUACAGUGGAAACUAUUUUAACGGAAACAUUGCCAACAGUAGAAGAAAUAGUCAAGUCAGGUAAAGCUAGAUUCGUUGGAAUAACUGGAUAUCCAGUCUCAACACUGUUAGAAUGUGCCGAACAAAGUUCUGUUAAAAUCGACACAGUCUUAUCUUACUGUAGAUUAACUAUGAUCGACAACACAUUGCAAUCAUUUAUUCCCAAGUUUAAGGAAAACAACAUAGGUAUCAUUAAUGCAGCAGCAAAUUCUAUGGGACUGCUUAGCAAUUUUGGGCCCCCUCAGUGGCACCCAGCAUCCCAACACAUUAAAGAUGUUUGUACCGAAGCUAGAGAAUACUGCAAGAAAAACAACGUGGAGCUGGGAAAACUUGCCGUUUACCACAGUCUACAACAGGAUGGACCAGAUACUGUUUUGGUAGGGAUGAAUUCAACAAAACUUCUGGAUUAUAACCUAAACGUAUUAUUAGAAGGGCUAUCUGAAAAGGAAAAGGAGAUGUAUCACCAUGUAAUGAAAAUUUUCACUACUGAACUCAAAGAGUCGCACUGGGAAAAUAUUGAACUAGAGAACUAUUGGAAAACAAUUAAGGGAGAAAGUGGAUCGUCUGGGUUUUUCAAAUAAUUAAUUAAUUAAUUUAAUUUAAAUACAAAUAAUGUUAAAUAUGUUCCAUUGCUUUAUAAAAUAUUUACACAACUCACAUGUAG